AUGCUGAGUCUAUCUUCAUCGGAUGCACAUCCCAAUUUUCAGAGGACACUCAGUGUCAUCAGAGGUGGCGGCCGAAAAGCUGAAGCAUGGCUUAAGGAAAAACUUCAGACUAACAAGUUCGCAUUGCCCGCGCUAUACCGUCCUGCGAGCUUCAUACCUGAAGAUAUUUGGUGUGCAUGCCCAACCACCACAAAUGGCAACGAGCAGGCCCACCGCAACAUCAACCGUGAUGGGGUGCACUUAACGCUUCUCGGAGGUAUCAUGAGAGGCCGAGCCUUCGAC